AUGGCGUGCCGGCUGAAACUGCCCUUCUUCUAUCUCUUUGACGGCGGCUGGUCUGAGUGGAGCCCAUUGUCUGGCUGCAGCGUGACGUGUGGAGUCGGUACGCAGACUCGGGACCGAAGCUGCACCAAUCCGGCACCAGCUAACGGCGGGGCGGUGUGUGAAGGAGAUACUGAGGAGACACAAGUGUGCGACUCGGGAGUUUCCUGUCCAGUUGACGGCGGCUGGUCUGAGUGGAGCCCAUUGUCUGUCUGCAGCGUGACGUGUGGAGUCGGUACGCAGACUCGGGACCGAAGCUGCACCAAUCCGGCACCAGCUAACGGCGGGGCGGUGUGUGAAGGAGAUACUGAGGAGACACAAGUGUGCGACUCGGGAGUUUCCUGUCCAGUUGACGGCGGCUGGUCUGAGUGGAGCCCAUUGUCUGUCUGCAACGUGACGUGUGGACUUGAAUGCGGACUUAACCAGGCGGAUUACCUGUCUCGUGUAGCAAAGUGUCUGGGUAAUGUGACAGAAAAAAUAUACGGCGGCGAUGUCAUCAGCAGUAUCCGGCUACUCGGCCGUCUGACGGAUUGUCAAGAACGUCGAUUCAACAAUGAGUCACAGCAAAUAACGAAAGAAGAUGCCGUCAGGUUUGCAAAGGAUCGCUGGUCUGGAGUGGCGUCAGGGAUCAUAGACAGUUCAGAAAGGGCAGGUAUUCUGUUGGCCAGAACGGUUCCUAACGAAACCCACUGGAUCUCCGAGGAAAAUAUAGUGAUGGAAAUCAGAGAUGGCUCCAUGGGAUCAACGACCUUUCCGGCUCUUGACAAAAGAGGAGACACCUCUGUUUGGGCAAACGUUAAAGACGGGAUCACUCUGCCGAGAACAGAACACCUUGUCGUUUCUGCAAUCUACGACAAUAUAGGACAGUACCUCAGACCAAAGUCAGUGUACAGCACGGCAAACGCAGUAAACAGCUCGGUUAACGCAGAGAACAGCACUAGCAAGGUUUACUCCAGGAUUAUUUCGGCAACACUAGUGAAUAGAAGCUCCACGGCUAAAGUCAAUGUCAACGAUGCUGUUACCAUCGUCCUGGAACAUCAUAGCAAUGAGACGACCAACACCACCUUCUGUGUCUUCUGGAACGUCAGCACUGGCAAUUGGUCGGAAGAGGGGUGUGCCCUGAAGAAGAGAAACCGGACUCACACUACCUGCGAGUGCAACCAUCUCACCAGCUUCGCUAUUCUUGUAGACACGACUGGGCAGCAGCAUCCAUUUGCACUUAGUGUUAUUACAUACGUCGGCUGCAUCAUCUCCAUCGUGUGUCUCUUCAUCUGUAUUUGUACUUUUCUCGGAUUCAGACGAGUCCGUUGUACCCGAACCAUCAUCCAUGCAAACCUGUGUUUCUGUCUGCUGGCUGCUGAGGUGGUCUUCCUUGUGGCAGUUGACAAAACAGAAAACACGGUUGUGUGUGACGUGAUCGCGAUUAUCCUCCACUACCUGUUCCUGGCUGUCUUCACCUGGAUGUGUGUGGAAGGAGUGGAGCUGUACGUCUUACUGGUCAAGGUCUUCAACUUGAAAAUGAACAGAUUGCUCUACUACCACCUGGUCGGCUAUGGUGCACCGGCAGUGGUGGUAGGCAUUUCGGUGGCCAUUGAUUACUUCUUCGAGUUCGAGGACAAAGACGAGGACAAUGGCAUAGAGGAGGAAGGGUUCUUCGAUGGAUAUGGCACCAACAGAUACUGCUGGUUAUCAGUUAACAGCGACUUCAUCUGGAGCUUUGUGGGCCCAAUGCUGCUCGUGGUUUUGGUUAACAUUGGAUUCCUGGCCAUGACUAUGAGGGUGAUCUUCACUCAGAAAGCCCAUGAUACAUCCAACCAAUCAGAACAGGGAAUUAACUUCAGGUUCUGGAUCCGUGUGUCCCUGGCCUUGGUGUGUAUUUUGGGUAUCACAUGGGUGUUCGGUGUGCUGUACGUCAGUAGGGAGACCAUAGUGUUCGCAUACGUCUUCACCAUCAGCAACUCCUUCCAAGGUUUAUUCAUUUUCAUUUUCCACUGCCUGCUGAACGAAACGGUGCAAGACGAGAUCGAACGCCGCUUUGGUGCUCGUUUCACCUGCUGCUCGAAGAAGAAAAGGCAGAAAACGGUGAGGAGACAGACAAGGCGAACUGCAAGGUCACCUCAGCAGCAAGAGAUCUGGCUGGAUGACUUCACAGACACUAAAGACAGCCACAGUUCAGCCACAAACACAAAGGACACCCUAGACGAUGAGGGCUUCGUAGAAAACACCAUCUACGAAGGCGGUGCCGGUGCCGAGGGCUCAGUGGACAAUGUGAUAUAUGAAGGGCUGCCGGAUUAAAGUCCUUAGAGAGCGAUUGCGAAUAACAGGGACAGGAUUUUGAUAUACGAUAUUCCUUUUUAUCAAUUCUAUAUAUUAUGUAGAUUCAUUUUCCCGACGUGUGAGAGGAAAUGUCCCACUUGAAACACAGAGGCAUGCGGUAUGAAGUUGGAGUCAAAUGUGAUGGCAUUUUAAAAGCCUCUCAAAUCUUAUACCCCGAAUUAAUUGUAACUAACAAUGUAUAGCUUUAGUAAUCGUGUUUAACAUGCUUGUAUUAAUUCAGUGAUGCCUAGAAUAUUUGACGGAAUACUUCUUCAAUUCUUUAGUAAAAUGAUUUCAAUGAUUUCUAUUUAUCUUCAUUUUACACAUGCCUAUGUGGCUACAUACUCUAAUGACAGUACAUGCUCAUAAUCUUGCAUAUACAAACUAUAUCUAUUCAUAUUAUAUGAUAUGUUUAUUGCAAGUUCUUGCCCGAGGGCUAAUUGCAGGUACAAACAACAUGUAAAAUAAGGAAAAUACAAAGGUGCUAGGAAC